UCUAGAUACAAGAAGCAUGAGCCAUACGCCGAGCACAACGUGAGCAUAUGGGAUGCCCAUGAGCAGGGAUGCCCCAGCUUCGCUCGGAGGAUGAGGCUUGGCGCUUGCGCCAGCUCUGCUCCCGAAAAGGGACCCCCGCAGAGGAGGUGGUCGCCUUCAUUUCAGGGAUCCCGGAGGAACGCAGGGCCAACGCGGUACAGCAAGGCAACAGCAAUGGCAAGACGCCCCUGCACUACGCAGCCCAACUCCGGCCCAACGAUGGCGCGCAGCGCGGCAGGUACCUUUGCUCGCAAUUACUGUCAGCAGCGGCGCAACUGGACGCCACCACACGCCGUGGGCACACCCCGCUGCUCUUUGCGGCGGGCAGAGGGCACCAAGAGGUGGUCAGAUUCUUGCUAAGUGCCCGCGCAAACCCACGGAUCAUUGCUGCCAGCGGAGAGGCGCCCUGGAACUGCGCCUCUCCACAUUUGGACCCCGAGACGCGUCGCCUGCUGACCGCCGCGGAAGCGUCCGACGCGCGGACGCUGAUCGACUACCGCCUGAGCGCGGACGCACUGCAGGCGCAGGCGGAGUACGAACGUGCGAGCUUGGCCUGUCGUGCUCGCCGGGUCGAGGAUGGCCACACCGCUGGAUCGGCAGAAGAUGGAGGAGCGGGUGCUGAGGGUGAAGUGAGUCUGGCGCGUGCCAUUUUGCACUCCUUGGACGCAGAACCAUCUGAAUCUGUGGCUGUGACGGCGGCCGUGGUGGCCGCAGCAGUGGAGGACAAAUUCGCGCUCCGGACGGCGCUGCGGAUGCUCUUCGCGCAGGAGGAGGUGGCAAAGGUCCUCCUCCCAUUGCUCACUGCCUGCCGCGAAGAGCAGCUGCUUGGCGAGUUGCAGAAGCGCAGCCGCCGUGUCCGCAACGCUGCCGCCACGCGGAUCGUCACCGCGCUGUUCAUUGAGAUCCGCAACACUGGUGCAGCCAAGAAAGUGUCGGUGACCGAGUUGGUGAACGCCAGCUUACCGGACAUCGUUUUAACGAUGGAGGUCCUAUACGCUCAUGGAGUUUCAGCAGAGACCAAGCAACACUUUCGGCAAUGGUGGGAGCGAGCAACGACCUUGGCUCGAGAGGGGAAGAAAUACUUCGGUGAGUUGGCUUGGGCCAUUGUGGGCCAUCAGCAGAAUCAAGGCCGCCAACGGCAAUUCGCCUUGUGCCGCGACUGGGUGUUGCUGCUGCGCUGGGCGGCGCUGCUGGGUCCAGAGAAGCUGGAGGAGGUCCUUGAGAUGGCAGCCAAGGUGGGGCGAGGCGCUUUGCUGGCAGAGAUCCUGGAGGAUAUGGCCUUUCCUGAAGACAUCAAGACUCGCUUGCAAGAAUUCUUGGAGCAACACAACCUGAGCUUUUCGCUGAAGCCGAAACUGUGCGGAGAACUUGGUCAUCACAGGUCUCGGCCAUCGCCCGACCUGCCGCUGUACGAGGUGACGCAGGAGGUCCUUUGGGUGGACCGUGCGGAGGAGCUGCAGAGGAUUCAACAGACCCUGGAGUCGCACGUCGCCGUCCAAGCUGCGAGUGCUCAGAGCGGGAGAGCCUUGCAGGUGGGUGUCGAUUCAGAGUGGGGCUCACAGCCAGAAGCAGGGCCCUCGGUUGUUCAGCUGGCGAUCUCAGGGACGAUUUGGGUGAUCGAUGCCUUGGCAAUUCCCAGCCAGCUGAGCAGCCUGUUGCUUUGGCUGAACUCUCAGCCGAAGAUCCAGCUUCUGGGCUUUCACUUCUCCUCAGACGCCGAGCGACUACAGCGUUUAGCAGCGGCGGAUUGGACACAGGUGCGAGAUUUACAGCGGGAGGCGAGAUGCCAUGCCAGGGUCCUCUUUCAGAAUGGCCACAUGCCAGGCCUUCGUCGACUUUGCGAGGUAUAUCUCGGAAAGUUGCUCGACAAGUCGUUGCAGUGCUCCAACUGGGACCAGCGACCACUGUCCGCGGAGCAGAUUCGCUAUGCAGGCUCAGACGCUGCAGUGCUGCUGGAUAUUGCAGAAGCCAUGGAUGCCGAGCAAGAGGAAACAAAAGAGCGAGCCCUGCAGCCUGUUCACUCUGAUGUAGGAACUCACUAG